AUGGAAGAGACAGACGAUUUCUCGUUUGAUCAAGACGGAAUACCAACAGUCGAUGAUUUAUCGUCAACAAGCGAUACAACACCCACAAAUAGGCCGAGUCCUCUUGCUCACCGGCACAACCAUCAUCAACAGACACAUCGAAGAGGGCCGAGUCGAGAUUUCGCACCUGAAAUACAACAUGUGAACAACUUUUCAAAUGAUGCAGAUUUGGCAGACAUAUUUGAUAUAUUAGGUGAAGGAUAUGAUUGUAAUCUUUUAUUUUCCCAGGGAGUAUUAACAUGGAAACCCAUGAAUCCUAUGGGUCAUAGAAGACCUAGAUCAACUAAAGGACUGAAGUCUUUAUUUAAAAGUAACAACAACAAAGUUGCUUUGAAGAAAAAUUUUCUAAAAUUUCGUGAAAUUCUUGGAGUUAAAUUACGGCGUCGAAAACAAUCCGGACAGAAAGACGGCGAAGGCGUUUGUCUAGGGUUUGGACUAUUGACAUAUGACUAUAAAUCUGCCAAUGUGAUGAAAGCUAGAAUGAUUGACUUUGAACAUCCAAGUGAAGAAAUAUGUAACAAAUGGGUAUCAAAAAUUUCUGAUGUGUUACAGACAUUCGAAGAAAGACCCAAAUCUGUGAAACUUUUCAUUCAAAAAUAUGCUGGAGAAAAAACAGGCAUGACAUUAUUUCGUGAAAAGAUUCUUCCAAUAUUUCGAACUGCUGAUUGUAAUGUUGAUAUGACAGAAGUUAUGCAUAAUGAACAAAUAAAACAAGAUUUAAUUCAUCUGAAUUUAUUAGACUAUGAUUGUAUAGCAUGUAUGGGAGGAGACGGUACUGUCAAUAAAGUAGUAAAUGGAUUAUUAAAUCAAUCUAAUAAAGAUUAUGGUGUAGAAAUUAAAUGUAAUAUUAAUCCUGUGAAAGCUGCUAUAUCUAUGGGUAUAAUACCAACAGGAAAGACUAAUCAUAUAGCUAGUUCUGUCAUGGGAACAGAUGAUCCUAUAACAGGUCUGUUACAUAUUUUAUAUGGCAAUCGUUACAUGGUGGAUGUGUGUUCUGUUUAUAACAACGAAAAAUUUCAGCGUUGGGCUUUCAAUUCACAGUAUGGUUUUGCUGGAAAUGUUUUAACUUUUAUUAGUCGUUAUAGUUCAAUUGGACUGAAGAAAGUUGAGGCAUCAUUUUUAAAAGCUUUAACUAAAUCUAAAUUAAGAUCGUAUGAAUGUGAUAUUGAGUAUAUACCAGUGCCUGUAGAAGAAUUGGAACCCUUACACCAAUCAGGUUCCACUAGUUCUCUCAUCGAGCUGGCAGAAAAAAAAGAAAACUCUUGGAGAACUCUAAAAGGUGAUUUUAUGAAUGUGGGAAUUUUUACUGUGCCUGGUAUUUGUGAAUUCGCCCCACAAGGAUUAAGUAAGUUCACUCAUUUAAAUGAUGGUUGUAUGGAUAUAGCUGUAGUUAAAAAGGUUGAAAGAAAAGAUUUCAUUAGAUUUUUAAGGAGGCAUGGAAACUCAAAAAAUCAAUUUGAUUUUCCAUUUGUUGAGACUUUUCGUGUCAAAGAAGUGAGAUUUCGUCCUAGAUUUCCAACCAGCUGGAGCUACAAAGAU